AUGCAGGACAAAGGCUUCGUCUCCAAGAGGAAGGCAGCGGCAGCUCUGUGCCUGGUGCUGCUCGUGCUGGCUCAACAGGUGUGUGCAGGUCCGGUGGCCCCUCUAGACCAGGUGCAGUCUGAUUCGGAGCGGCCCGUCGACUCGCUGGGCGCCCGGGCCGCUCAGGCGCCGCGGCGGACGGCUCGGAUGACCCCGCUGUGGAGGCUCAUGAACAGCAAACCGUUCGGCGCUUACUGCCAGUACAACUACGAGUGCUCGACCGGGCUGUGCAGGUCGGGCCACUGCUCCAACAGCCACCGCUCCGAGCCGGUGAAAUACUAGAGAACGGGACGUCCCGGGCCGAAAACCAGCACGUUUACACACAGUUUUAUAUAUAUUUACAGGCAUAAUCAGUAUGCUUAUGGAGGCAUAUUCAGGUGUGGGGUUAACUGGGAUAUGAA